CAUCACCAGGCCUUUCAACCCUAGAUAAGCAGACACUGAUGUCGACAAAAAAAAUGUAUACAAUACUUAGUGGGAGGGGUAAUGCAAGUAAUUAUAUAAAUAUAUGCAAGAAAUAAUAGUUUCUCGUUUCAUCUUAUCAAAUCAGUGCAAGUCACAUGUUUGUAAUAAUCAGGUUUAAGCGAACAGCCGCAUUCGCAUUCUUCUCACAAAUCGUAGCUGCAGAGUUCAAAUUUUGAACAUGAAUGUCCUCGGGUUUAGCUAACGGCACUUAAACGGCGAAAAAUACAAAUCACAACAAAUUUGAUCAAAAUAAUAAAAUAAAAACGACAUAGGCACCUAUUAUCUCUUCCGCAGAUCACGCAGCGUGCCAUCGACACAUCGUAGCGACUGAUAGAUUUCUUAAUAGGUUGAAAGAUCAGGGAAGUUGCCUGACUUUAAACGGACUCAAAUUUUACUAAUGAAUGGUUCAACCUCAAUGGAUUGCACCCAGGACGUCUUGGCCGUAAAUCAAUGUCUAACGCUGUAAGUUACAUAAUGGAAAACGGGCACGUUCAAAUUCCACCUCCCUGGCUAAAAGUUAAUCAUGUGCGUUCUUUUGUAGUAAGUUAUGGUGCCUCUCGCUUACGUCAAAACCUCGCCGGAAAGGCAGCCAGUCAAACUAGGCUGCGUGAUACGAGCACAGCCACGUUACGUCUCUGGCAAAGCUAUAUGACCAAAGCCUUGAAUCGAGUCAAACGGUCGUAUCUUGCUUACACAAGCUCUCAGCAAGCACUGUGUUUCAUGGGCUUGUGCUAACUUUGCUCAAAACACUUUUCUAGGAUUCAUUAAAAAUAUCAAGUUUAAUUUUAG